CUGACAUAUUUUCUAGAUAUUUUCAAGGAUUUCAUGAAUCAUGAAUGUAGAAAUCACCACGUCUAUGUCACACCACUGUAGACAUGCAAAAUAAACAUAAUGGAAUUUUGGAAAAAUUCAGAAGAAUUUUUUUUAACUUUCUACAGUUUGAUCUUUUUCUCUAACUUUGUUAUCGUUUUCAUUUCUCUUUUGCUUUGAAGGUAAUAAUGGGAAGGAGAAUCAAGAUUCCUGUGAACUGUUCCAAAUGACCAAUGCUAAAGAUGGAAUGGAGACAUUUGGAAUUCGAAUGGAAUUAGAAAGCCAUGAGAGAAAUAAUAGGAAUAAUGAAAGAUUACCUUCUACUGAUGCUCCAAUGCAAGACUUUCUUACCCAAGAAGAGAAAAUAAGGAAAAAAAUUAUUGGGAAAAGUGUGAAGCUAAUCAAAGAUAAAUUACAUGUAAGCGAACACUAUUUAACCCAAAACAAAGGAGAAGAUGCUAUAAGACACAAUGGAAAAAAUUACAAUGGGACAUUCAUUCAUCCUCUUGGAAAUAACAUCCUUACAUCUCAAAAACUGAUUCACUCAAAAAAGGACCCUUAUAAAUGUUUAGAAUCUGGAAAACAUUUUAGAACAAGCAAGCAACUUACUUCAGAUGAAAGGAUUCAUACUGUGAAGGAGCUAUACAAAUGCAGAGAGUACGGUAACAGGUUCAGUAGUGGCGGUAAUCUUAUCAUCCAUAAAAUUAUCCACACAGGAGAAAAACCAUAUAAAUGUAUGGAGUGUGGGAAAACCUUUACUCGUAGCAAUGGACUUAGAAUCCACAAAAUGAUCCACACAGGAGAAAAACCAUAUAAAUGCAUGGAGUGUGGGAAAACCUUUACUCAUAGCAAUGGACUUAGGUACCACAAAAUGAUCCACACAGGGCAAAAGCCAUUUAAAUGCAUGGAGUGUGGAAAGACCUUUGCUCAGCGUGGUCAUCUUAUUUCCCAUAAAAUGAUCCACACAGGGGAGAAACCAUUUGAAUGCAUGCAAUGUGGUAAAACCUUUACUCGUAUCUAUGAACUUACUAUCCACAAAAAGAGACACAUGGGAGAGAAACCAUAUAAAUGCAUGCAGUGUGGGAAAACCUUUACUCGUAGCAAUGAACUUACUAUCCACAAAAAGAACCACACAGGGGAAAAGCCAUUUAAAUGCAUGGAGUGUGGAAAGACCUUUGCUUUGAGCAGUGUACUUAGAAGCCACAAAAGGAUCCACACUGGGGAGAAACCAUAUAAAUGCAUGGAGUGUGGAAAAACCUUUGCUCUGAGCAAUAGACUUGCUAUCCACAAAAAGAUUCACACAGGGGAAAAGCCAUUUAAAUGCAUGGAUUGUGGAAAGACCUUUGCUCAACAUUGUCAUCUUAUUUCCCAUAAGAUGAUACACACAGGGGAGAAGCCAUAUAAAUGUAUAGAGUGUGGAGAAACCUUUACUCAAAAAAGUAGUCUUAUUUCCCAUCAUGUGAUCCACACAGGGGAGAAGCCAUAUAAAUGUAUGGAGUGUGGAAAGACCUUUGCUCGAACAUGUAAUCUUAUUUCCCAUAAGAUGAUCCACACAAGGGAGAAGACAUUUAAAUGCACGGAGUGUGGAAAGACCUUUGCUCAAAGCCGUUAUCUUGCUUCCCAUAAAAAGAUCCACUCAGAAGAGAAACCAUUUAAAUGCAUGGAGUGUGGAAAGACAUUUACUAAGAGCAAUGCUCUAACUUCUCAUAACAGAAUCCACACAGGAGAGAAGCCAUACAAAUGCAUGGAAUGUGGAAAGACCUUUGCUCAGAAUGGUAAUCUUACUGCUCAUAAAAGGAUCCACGCUCGGGAGAAAGUAUCUAACAAUAGCAAUUCCACUUCAGACUUAUCAACCACGCCACAAAGCUUUAUAGCAGUAUUUGAACAUUUACAAAGUCAGCAUAUUGUCCCAAGAAAUCUGGGUCCUCAUUAUAGGCUGAAUCAAUCACGAGCUGUUGGUAAUAACGGGCAGGAGAAUCAAGAUUCCUGUGAAUUAUUCCAAAAGAACCCUAAUGAAUGUUUGGAAUCUGAAAAACAUUGUAGAACAAGCAGGCAACGUACUUCCCAUGAAGGGAUUCACACUGGGGAGAAACAAUGUUCAGAAGCACCUGUAGCCCAAGCAGCCCAGUGCCUCCAAGUAGCAAAAAAGAAACCAUUUAAAAGCAUGGAGUAUGGGAGAAUCUUUAUUCAUAGCAAUGGACUUACUAUCCACAAAAAGAGGCAUACGGGAGAGAAACCAUAUAAGUGCAUGGAGUGUGGAAAACCAUUUAUUAGAGAAAGUAGUCUUACUUCACAUCAUGUGAUCCACACAGGGGAAAAGCCAUAUAAAUGCAUGGAGUGUGGUAAAACCUUUAGUCGUAACUAUGAUCUUAAUAUCCACAAAAGUCUCCACACAGGAGAGAAACCAUAUAAAUGCUUGGAGUGUGGAAAGACCUUUGCUCAACGCAGUUAUCUUGCUUCCCAUAAAAAGAUCCACUCAGAAGAGAAACCAUAUAAAUGCAUGCAGUGUGGUAUAACCUUUAGUCGUAACUAUAAUCUUAAUAUCCACAAAAGUCUCCACACAGGAGAGAAACCAUAUAAAUGCUUGGAGUGUGGAAAGACCUUUGCUCAACGCAGUUAUCUUGCUUCCCAUAAAAAGAUCCACUCAGAAGAGAAACCAUUUAAAUGCAUGGAGUGUGGAAAGAGCUUUGCUCAGAAUAGUAAUCUUACUGCUCAUAACAGAGUCCACACAGGAGAGAAGCCAUAUAAAUGCAUGCAAUGUGGAAAGAGUUUUGCUCAGAAUGGUAAUCUUACUUCUCAUAAAAGGAUUCACACAGGAGAGAAACCUUAUAAAUGCAUAGAGUGUGGGAAAACCUUUAUUCAUAACAAUGGCCUUAAAAACCACAAAACAAUCCACACAGGAGAGAAACCAUAUAAAUGCAUGGAAUGUGGAAAGACCUUUGCUCUGAGCAAUAGACUUGCUGUGCAUAAAAAGAUCCACACAGGGGAAAAGCAAUUUAAAUGUAUGGAGUGUGGGAAAACCUUUACUCAAAGUGGUCAUCUUAUUUCCCAUAAGAUGAUCCACACAGGGGAGAAGCCAUUUAAAUGCAUAGAGUGUGGAAAGACCUUUGCUCACAGAGGUAAUCUUAUUUCCCAUCAAGUGAUUCACACAGGGGAGAAACCAUAUAAAUGCAUGAGUUGUGGCAAGACUUUUGCUCGUAGCGGUCAACUUAGAAACCACAAAAAGAUCCACACAGGGGAAAAGCCAUUUAAAUGCACGGAGUGUGGAAAGACCUUUACUCAAAGAGAUAAUCUUAUUUGCCAUAAGAUGAUCCACACAGGGGAGAAGCCCUGCAAAUGCAUGCAAUGUGGUAAAACGUUUACUCGUAGCUAUGAACUUAAGAUCCACAAAAAAAGACACACAGGCGAGAAACCAUAUAUGUGCAUGCAGUGCGGGAAAACCUUUACUCGUAGCUACGAACUUACUAUUCACAAAAGGAGACACAUGGGAGAGAAACCAUAUAAAUGCUUGCAGUGUGGGAAAACAUUUACUCGUAGCAAUGAACUUACUAUCCAUAAAAAGAUCCACACGGGAGAGAAACCAUAUAAAUGCAUGGAGUGUGGAAAAACUUUUGCUCGUAAUGGUCAACUUAGAAACCACAAAAACAUCCACACAGGGGAAAAACCAUUUAAAUGCAUGGAGUGUGGGAAAACCUUUACUCAAAGCACUGGACUUAGAAAACACAAAACCAUCCACACAGGGCAGAAACCAUAUAAAUGCAUGGAGUGUGGAAAGACCUUUGUUUAUAACAGUAGUCUUACUAACCACAAAAAGAUCCACACAGAGGAAGAACCAUUUAAAUGCAUGGAGUGUGGGAAAACCUUUACUCAUAGCAAUGUACUUAGAAACCACCAAAAGAUCCACACCGGGGAAAAACCUUUUAAAUGCAUGGAGUGUGGGAAAACCUUUACUCAAAAAGGUCAUCUUAUUUCCCAUAAGAUGAUCCACACAGGGGAGAAGCCAUAUAGAUGCAUGGAGUGUGGGAAGACCUUUGUUCAAUGUAGUCAUCUUGUUUCCCAUAAGAUGAUCCACACAGGGGAGAAGCCAUAUAGAUGCAUGGAGUGUGGGAAGACCUUUGUUCAUCAUCUUGUUUCCCAUAAGAUGAUCCACACAGGAGAGAAACCAUAUCAAUGCAUGCAGUGUGGUAAAAACUUUACUCGUAGCUAUGAACUUACUAUCCACAAAAAGAGACACACGGGAGAGAAGGCAUAUAAAUGCAUGCAAUGUGGGAAAACCUUCACUCGUAACAAUGAACUUACUGCCCACAAAAAGAUCCAUACAGGAGAGAAACCAUAUAAAUGCAUGCAGUGUGGGAAAAACUUUACUCGUAGCUCUGAACUUACCAUCCACAAAAAGAGACACAUGGGAGAGAAACUACAUAAAUGCAUGGAGUGUGGGAAAACCUUUAUUCGUAGCAAUGAACUUACUGCUCACAAAAAGAUCCACAUGGGAGAGAAACCAUAUAAAUGCAUGGAGUGUGGAAAAAUCUUUACUUGUAGUAAUGAACGUACUGCUCACAAAAAGAUUCACAUGGGAGAUAAACCAUAUAAAUGCAUGGAGUGUGGGAAAACCUUUACUCAUAGCAGUGUCCUUAGAAGCCACAAAAAGAUUCAUACUGGAGAGAAACCAUAUAAAUGCAUGGAAUGUGGAAAGACCUUUGCUCUGAACAAUAGACUUACUAUCCACAAAAAGAUCCAUACAGGGGAAAAGCCGUUUAAAUGCAUGGAGUGUGGAAAGACCUUUGCUCAGAAUGGUAAUCUCUCUUCUCAUAAAAGGAUCCACACUCGGGAGAAAGCAUGUAGCAAUAGAAAUUCCACUUCAGACUUAUAUCCCACUCCACAAAGUUUUAUAGCAGUCUUUGAGCAGUUUACAAAGUCAGCAUAUUAUACCCAGAAAUCUGGGUCAUCCUUUCACUGAACUGAGAAAAUUAAAAGACUGAAUGAACGAUGAGCCAGUCAGAUCGAAAUCAACUUUUCCUCCAUUUUGAAACUGGAUUUCUUUUUUCUUUUUCAUUCAGAGCCUUCAGUGGGCACAACAGCUGGGUC